UGCCUCCAGCCCCACUGGCCGUUGCUGUAGGAGCUGCUUCCCUGCCAGUCCUCCUUGGGACCUCAGUCGGCCCGCUUAGCAGCAGAACUCUUAGCCUGUCUUCUCACAGUGAUGUUGGACUCAGUAACCCACAGCACCUUCCUGCCCAACACGUCCUUCUGUGACCCCCUAAUGUCGUGGACAGACCUGUUUGGGACUGAAGAGUACUACCCUGGCUUUGAACAUCAAACAGCCUGUGACUCCUACUGGACAUCCGUCCCCCCGGAGUACUGGACGAAGCGCCACGUCUGGGAGUGGCUCCAGUUCUGCUGUGACCAGUACAAGUUGGACGCCAAUUCCAUUUCUUUCUGCCACUUCAACAUAAGUGGGCUUCAGCUGUGCAGUAUGAGCCAGGAGGAGUUUGUGGAUGCCGCCGGGAUCUGUGGGGAAUACCUGUACUUCAUUCUCCAGAACAUUCGCACGCAAGGCUAUUCCUUUUUUAAUGAUGUUGAUGAAACAAAGGCCUCAAUCAAAGACUACUCGCAGAAUGUUAGAACUGGACGCGACCUUAGAGACCACCUAGUCCAAGCUCCUUAUUUUACAGAUGAAGAGACCGACGUUCAGAGAGCUGCAGACUCAUCGUGUUUGAAAAUAGGAAGCCUAAAAAAUCAGGAGAGCCAUAACCACGGCAGAUCAAGCCUCCAGAGUUCUCACCUAUGGGAAUUUGUGAGAGACCUCCUCCUGUCUCCCGAAGAGAAUUGUGGCAUUUUGGAAUGGGAGGAUCGGGAACAGGGUAUUUUUCGGGUGGUGAAAUCGGAAGCCCUCGCCAAGAUGUGGGGACAAAGGAAGAAAAACGAUAGGAUGACCUAUGAAAAGCUGAGCAGAGCCCUAAGAUACUACUAUAAAACAGGAAUUUUGGAACGGGUGGACAGAAGGUUAGUGUACAAGUUUGGGAAAAACGCACACGGUUGGCAGGAAGACAAGCUAUGAUCAACUUCACUCAGCCUCAUUUUAUGGAUUUCCCCCCCUUAAAAAAAUCAUCAUGCGACACAUCUGAAAGUCUCUCUCUCUCUCUUUCUCUCUCUCUCUCUCUUUUUAACCUGAAUACAUUCUGGUGAAAUUUCUCCAUAUCGGUUUCCAUCUGGAUCGACAGGUUGCCGACUGUUUCGCGUGGUAGCCACAAGGCUAUUUGAAAUCUAAUUUGAGGGGGAGGGAUGAUUUGAGGGAGGAUAAAUUUAUUUUGCAAUAGUUGACUCCUAUGGUUUAAAUCAAGCAUCACUUUUAACUCAUCAAGACUCUUGAGAGCAAUAAAGACGAUCAGAAUCUCUGGCUCAAA